AUGGCGGCGGCUGGCCGUGGGGUGCUCCCCCGCGGGGCGGGUUUGUUGCGCCAGAGCGUCCAAAAACACCGCAGCUGCCGCUGGGCGCGUGAGCGCACGACGCGUUCGCACAACGCGGAGGCCGCGGUGGCUCUGGUGGAAAUGUUCGCGCUCCCGCGAGAAAGAACGGAAAGACUGAGAGUCGGCCGCUCGCCUCUCCCGGGUGCCGGCGCGUCGCUGGCAAUCCCGUUGCUCAGCUGGAUUGCCCUUGAAACAGCGGCGCUUGUACUCGAGGCAACCCUUGUACUUACGGCCGUGAUUUUUGCAGAGACAGUUUCAGAGGCAAACCGAAGAACUUUCGCUGAUGUCCAUAGCCCACGCGUGCUCUGUGGGUCGCUAGAACAUAUUCUAUGUCCAGAUGGCGCCGUUGUAUGGAGAGUACUCUACAUUGCGACGUUGGGUCAUCAAGAUAAGCACAUUCCUGUUACAAUGAUAUAUGGAUACUUGGUGCAGCAGUUGUGGGUGCGAAUUCAGUCGCAGCUGUUACCACCGUAUCUGCUACAGGAGGCUGCUUCCUUGCAAACGAGAUAUCUCGGUGGUGACUUAGACCUCCAAACAGCGUCGCGGCAUCCGUCUGAGGACCAGAACGACUGCUUCUGGUUGGUUUCGGUUCCGGUUCUGGUUCUUGUUAUCAUCGUCCCAGGGGUAGAAAAAGAAGCUCCUGUAAAAAGGAUCACUCGCGUCGCUUUAAAAGAACCGCCACCGGAACGCAGCAGUGAGACGGUGGCGCCCCUUAAAAAUACAGGCACCGCUCACGAGAGGUCGCUGAGUAGGGGUCGGCGCAACCGUCACGCAUCAGUCAGAGCGGUCGAGCGCGCCAUUACCCUUACGGCAGGACUACUCGGUGUGCCUUCAGCCCGGACUGUGAAUAAAAUGGCGCCCAGCGGGUGGAGAGUCAUCCCGCUGCGCCCCGCUGCGCCCCGCUACGCCCCGCUCCACGCGGCCUCGCAGCAGCCCUCAGCCCCGCUUCGGUCCGCGGCGCGGCGCGGCGCGGCGUGGCGAGUCGAGUCGGUCGCCUGGCAUGCGCGCAGUCCCAGGGGCCCACCACACGCGUUGCUCGCGCCCAUUAGACCUGCGGCUGCCCCCCCCCCGCCCCCACACCCGCGCGAAGCCACACACCGCUGCAGACGCGUUCUUCGACAGAUUAUACCCAUGUUCUCGUCGACUGACCCACCAUCAGAGUGGAGAGAAUAUGCGAGCAACGCGAAUUAGAUGGCUAUGAACGAUAAGUGUUGUUCAUGAACAUUGAGAAAUGUUCCAUGUUUUCGUCUAGCAGAGAUGUGAAGAAACCUCUUACCUCUUGUAAUCUCCAGUUUAUAUUAGAGCUCAAUGCCUUUGUCAUCAUAUAAACUUACUAUUAACGCAUCUUCGAUGUAAGGCAUUGUUUCAAACAUCGCAAAGUUCUGAUUCAGCGUACGAAGAGUUUACAAAAGCCUCCUUUCAAAGAAGUUCAGAAUACAACUAAUCCUCAAC